AUGAUGAUCUUGUUCUUGCAGAUUUGUGUUUCCUCUGUGGACCCUUUGGCAUUUCCUUCUGCAGUGGAAGCAGGUGCCCAAAUGGUGGAAAUUGGAAAUUAUGAUUCUUUCUACGAGAUGGGAAUUCAGUUUUCCCCUGAACAGAUUCUAAAGCUCACUAGAGAAACUAGAAGGAUUCUUCCAUCCAUUACACUGUCUGUAACCGUGCCACACAUGCUUAGUCUCCCUGAUCAGGUGAAGCUAGCAGAGUUGCUGGAACAGGAAGGUGCUGAUAUAAUCCAAACUGAAGGAGGGAAAUACUCAAGUCCAUCAAAACCUGGUGUCCUUGGUUUGAUCGAGAAGGCCACACCAACGCUAGCAGCUGCAUACUCCAUUUCCCGAGCAGUUCAGAUUCCAGUUAUGUGCUCAUCUGGAUUAAGCGCUGUCACUGCACCUAUGGCUUUAACAGCAGGAGCAGCUGGUGUGGUAUGCCGUGAGGAGAGGCCGGCAGUGUCCGAGGUGGCUCAGGGAAGAUGCAGCGAUGAAGGAAAAGAGGGAUGGGAGAGGGCACCAACGAGAUGGACUUCAAAUGCUCUCUGGUGGAUCUCGUUGCUGGCGGCAGUGGAGGUGGGGGAGGGCGACGCGAGGAAGAAGAGAAGGGGUGAGAUCGACAUGGGAAGAGGAGAGGCGCGCGCGUGA